AUGGAGCGCAUUACACCCCAACAGCUCAGCGACAUUCUUGUCGAUUUUCUCGAUAAGUUCUCUUAUCAGGACGACGUCUGUCUUUCUAGAUCCGAUUUUCAAGCACUGCAAGACUAUGCCUCAGCUUUUCUGCCCCAUGACAAGAGGAUAGUGGCAGGCAUGAGCGAGUACGCCCACGCAACGUUUCCAUUUCUACCACUCGAGAUACGCCAAAAGGCAGUUGUCUACGACGCCUACCAAAUGUCAGUUGAUGACCUCGACUAUGAAGAGCAUGAUAGCUUAGACGGACUGUGUCCCCAGUUAUCCGCUCAGACUAAGAUCCAACACCCCGUCUGGCAGGGGUUCUUUGAGUCCCUACCUGACUUUCUCAAAUUCUACGGCCCCUACUGUCAAACUACCAUUCUCCGUGGGGCUCUCGAGUUUAUUCAAGCCACCACAGUGGAGCGCACUCUUUUUCGGGGUUACGCAGGCUCCAAGUUCCCCGACUACGUGCGGCGCAUGUCGGCCCAGGGCCCCGUACAGGGCGCGGUGUGCUUCCCUGAGCAGGAAUUUCCUCAGAAAGAGUACCUGUCUGCUAUAGCAUCAGUUGAAGCAGAGUUGGAGGAUUGGGUUGGCACUGUUAACGAUCUCUUCUCAUUUUACAAGGAGAGUGAUACGGCUGUCGACCGCAUCAACUAUCCACUGAAUGUAUCUGCAUGCACUGGACGCGCACUCACAGAGGUACUCUGGGAGACCUCCGAUAUUGCACUUGCAUGCAAGAGGCGCAUGGAGUCUAUUCUAGACUCUGCAGGCAAAGAGAGUGUCCGCCGCCGUGUACAGGAAUUCCUCACCGGCUAUGUUCGGUACCAUCUCGCGUGCGAUAGAUAUCGCAUCGGCGAACUUUGUGAGAAAUCAGGUGACAUAGAUCUUCUUGCAUAUUACAAUAUGAGCCGACGAGCCGUUGGGGCUUUGCACGGUCCAUUUGUACCUGCGCACCCGAGCCAUCGUAAACGGGUUGAUUCUGCCAAUGAAAUGUCUGAUACACUGGGUGUUACUGGGAAAGACCCAUGGUCCUUCGCUUGGAUGUGGACUUUGUUUACAAAGGUGUUGCCUUUCAGGCUAUAG